UUUUAUACAAACAUUUUGCUUCGCUAUCAAUGGUGUUUGUUUUUGUGUCUGACAAAAUUGUUGAUGUCCUCCAGCUGACAACAUUGUACAGAAUUUGUUUGUAAAAUUUAAUUUUACUUAAGGGAUUUUCGUUAACAACUUUAACCGGAAGAAGAGUUAGGAGUAUCAGAAAUAAAAUGUUUAACUAUUGUGAAGUUAUUUAAGUUGUGUAUAUAUACAAUUUUUCGAAUUGUUGUUGUUGUGAUUGAUUCGAAAAAAAAAAACAAAAUGGGUGUGUAUAUCUACAAUCUACAUACCAGAUAACUAUUAUCUGGGCUAAGUUGCCAAUAAAAUACAAUUAAAUGGCUUUGUGCGUGUUCGAAUGAUAAUCACGGGUUCAACUUAUUCAUCAAAAUAGUUUAAGAAAACGAAAAAAAAUAUCUAAUUCAUCAAAACUAAAAAGGCAUUCAAGGAUGCUCUUUAAAAAGCGCUCUUAAAGUAUACGCAUAACUUGUUACGGAAUUUUGUUAAAGGACUCUGCGGGCAAGAAACACAGUUCUUAACAUUCUUGAAUGUGACUUUAUUUUUAAAACAUCAACGGAUUCAAAAAAUUCUUUUUCUCAAUGAGAAUGGGAAGUUUACCAAAUAUCCACGAGUUGGAACGAAUUGAACGGAAGCUCGGAAGGGAAAGAGAAAUAGCACUUAUAGAACAACGAGCCAGAGAACAAAUUGACUUCAAUCGAGAUAGAGAACGAGAGAGUGUACCACUUCAACAGAACUCCUCGUUUAAUCCUUAUUUCCUCACUACAAAAAACCAUCAUCGUCAUUCCUUAACAGCCCGAAAUGUACUUCGAACUCGAAGUUCAGGUGGAUCACAUAAUAUCUGGGAUGAUCCUAUGCUUGAGCGCCUUGCAGCCUACUCACCAAUGUCUAAUCGAUCACACAGAAUUAACCCCAUAACUCCGUAUCAAGUACAAGCAGCAUUGGCAGCCAGUCGCCGUCGGGAAUCAAUCAACAGCUCGAUUGGAGCGACUUCUAUUCGGAGAUUGCUGACUUUGAACAGUCGUUGUUGUCGUCACAAGAUUCCAGCACAUAUUCAGUCUAAGGUCUGGAAGGACUUUACCUUUUUAACCGUUGGACAUGGUCUCAUGUGUGCUAUUUUGCUGCCUCUCAUCGGUCUUCAAAGCUCCAACUCAGUAUGGCAUCAUAGCGAGCCAUGGGUGCAUGUAGGUCCCAACAUAGGAUCGAUUUUGCUGAGCAUUUCGUUUUUGAUUUCCACAGGGAUGUGUUUUUUCACAGCAAGACUUAUCAAAAAGCACGGAUUUUUGGUUUUAAUUGCCGCAAGCUACAUAGGGAUGUGCAUAUUUUUGCUGGGCCAUCUGUGUUCCUCCAUCUACACUCUUUUUCCGGCCUAUGUGAUUCUGGGUAUCACCUUGGGUCCAGCAUGGGUAGGCAAAAUAGCUUUGGUGGUACAUUUUGCUAGCAGACUGAGCUGUUCUCAGCACGAUUGUGCCUUAACUGCUGCUGUUGAUAACAUCGACGAUCACAAGAUUUUUUGCAAUCGAGAACAGAAAGUCCGACGAUUUGCUAGGUGGUUUCAAGCUUCCCAAGAUAUCGGAAUAAUAAUCGGAGCUAUUUUAGCAUCGUUGGUGUUGGUUUGCAGCUCAACAAAUUGGGACUGUUUCAAUUUUAGCUUCAUUCCAAGUGCUGACUUAAUACCGGUAACACAGAAAUCGGUGAUACAGAUGAAUAACACAUCGUCGUCAUCAGUAGCGUCACCGCUUAGUUCAGCGGCAGUGUUAACAAGCAACAAUUUUUUCUAUUUGUUUGAUGAGAUGUAUAAUCAUAACGAGCAUGGGGAGAGAAUAUGCGGAGCUGAUAUGUGUCCCGUUUGGAAUUCAUUGGAUGAUGAUAGCAACGAAACAAAAUCACUCUCACAUUUUGUUAGUGAAAAACGUGUUGGAGGCGUGACACUUAUUCUGAUAUACUUGAUAUUCUCAAUUGGAGCCUUUUUGUUGACGUGCUUUUCUGGAAAAUUUGAAUGCACACUUCGACGGACACGGGUCAAAGGUGUCACCGAUACAUUACUGUUUGCUGGGCCAAUGGCAUAUUUUAUAGGAACUGAGCAAGCAUACAUGCUGGGAGACUUUACAAGGGCUUUUGUAUCCUGCUCUCUUGGCAUAAGCAUGGUCGCUGGAGCUCUAAUAGGCAUGGGUCUAAUGCAAUCUAUAGUUUCUUGUACGUUGAGUCUUCUCUUGCGAUACACGAAACGAAUUGUUAUCAUACUUGCUGGUUUCUUUUUCCAUGCAUGUCUGCUUUUAGUUCUGUCUCGAUGGAAACCCUCAAGCGAUGAUAGUGCUCUAUUUUAUGUUAUUGCCGCAAGUUGGGGUGCUUGUAAUGGCAUGUGGGAAACACUCUUGUUAGCUCUGGUUACCCUCAAUCAUACCAAUCAUGUCACCGAGGUCAUGGGUCCACUGCAAGGCCUCAGGUUUUUUGGCCUAGGAGUGACUUUUGCUGCUCACGGAUUUUUAUGCGAGAAUCCGAAGAUUCUAAUACUUGUCAUCAUUUUGGUAGUUAGUGUCCCGCCCUAUGCUAUGUUAGAAAUUCGCUUAGAGGCACAACGAAAGGCUCAUAUAGUUUCUUUAUGACGAAAUGUUUUUAGUUAGUAUACAUUUAAAAGAAAUACCACCACUACUUACACCAUGUAGACAAUGUGGUUGUAAAUACUGCCAUCGCAUGAAGCCGAAGAAGAACUAAACGUCUCGUCGUCGCUCGUAGGGUAGAAAAUUUCAAUAUGUAUUUCUGUUUUGUAUUUUUAGAUAUACAUUUAUAUGAAAUAUAGGUCCUCCGGCUCAAACGAAUAGGUAUACAUCAAAUGUGUCAAUUUAUUUUAUGUUUUAGACUAAUUUAAGUUAGAGCUUAUCAUCACAAGAAAUUUGUUCUUAAACCAAAGUCUGUUACAAAGCGAUGUUAAUUUAUAAGGCAUUAUAGCCAAUACACAAUAUGUGUGUGGUCAAUUUUUACAUGUUUUAAAGUAUAUUUGUUAUAAAAUAAAUGUAAAAUAAUUUUUAGUUCGACUAGAAAGUUAUGUUUUAACUUAGUAUUCUAGCGCGCUGUGCGGAAAAGUGUGUUAAUUAUCUGUUUAGAUGUUAGUACCUAUACAAGGUGGCACAAAAUGUUUAACUCGGAGCAAAAGUUUCCGCGACUACUCAUGCAUUUUUCCAGACGAAAAUAUUUAAAGUAUUAAUGCCUUUUUGAUCGUUUACGACCUACUGUCAAACUAGAUUUGACUUUUGAUGUCCGCCGUUAUCUCAGAGAACAGAGUGUCAUCUUUUUGCCACCUUGUAUUAUUUACAUUUAAGUUCUUGUUUGUUUAGUAAAAAAUUAAUCAUUGGAAAAUGUUUUGCGUCCUUACCACUUACUUAUAAAAAUGCACAAUGCUAUAUUCCUAACCUUGUAUGACAAAAAAAAAGAAGAAAAUGGAACAUAAAAUAUAUGUAAUGUAUUUUAUUUAUGUAUAUUGAUUGUGUUCAAAUUGAAACAUAAAUAUAUGUAAAUGUACAAUAAAGUAAAA